AUGAAGGCGUCAUCUUUUAUCAUUGGGGCCGCAGCCGUGCCUGGAGCACUGGCGUGGGGCGGUUUCGGACAUAUCACCGUCGGCUACAUAGCGAGCAACUUCGUCUCGCCGUCGACUACCACCUACCUUCAGACCCUCCUGCGCAACGACACGAGCGAUUACCUUGCCGGCGUGGCCACCUGGGCCGACUCCAUCCGGUACACCAAGUGGGGGCGGUUCACGUCCGACUUCCACUUCAUCGACGCCAAGGACUCGCCGCCACAGUACUGCGGCGUCGACUUCGAUCGCGACUGCAAAAAGGACCGCGGCUGCGUCGUCAGCGCCCUGCACAACUACACGACGCGCCUACUCGAUACCGACCUGCGCGCUUCGGAGCGCGCCAUCGCCGCCAAGUUCAUCAUCCACUUCAUCGGCGACAUACACCAGCCGCUACACACGGAGAAUGUCGAGCGCGGUGGCAACGGCAUCCACGUACUGUUCGACGGCCGCAACUACAACCUGCACCAUGUGUGGGACACGAGCAUUGCCGAGAAGCUUGUCGGUGGCGUGCGCCGUCGCGGGCCGUACCCGGAGGCCAAACGCUGGGCCGACGAGUUGACUCAUGAGAUCAAUGAGGGCAAAUACGCAUCAGAGAGCAUCGAGUGGGUGAGGUCGGCCAACUUGUCGGAUCCGAUUGCUACAGCGAUGUCCUGGGCGAGGAUAGGGAACGCAUACGUCUGCACACAUGUCCUACCCGAGGGCCCCGACGCCAUCAGAGGCCAGGAGCUCGGGUCAGACUACUACGAGGCGGCCGCGCCGAUAAUCGAGGUGCAGGUUGCGCGGGCGGGAUUCCGCUUGGCUGCUUGGCUGGACCUGAUCGUCACGAGCCUCAAGACUCAAGAAGCGCCGGGCGAUCUUUAG